AUGCUGCUGAAGGGUCCGGAAGGGGCCAUUCCAGCCUCUUGGGCAUGGAAGAAGAUGAUGCGGUUUGUCGUCGCAAUCAUUGCCGUCGCGGGCUUUGCAGCCCUGCUCUGGCCAUCGUCUGCGAAAAAGACAACGACAGCGACCGUCGCCCCGACGCGCGCCCACUCCAACAUCACCAUUUCCGCCAACGUGAAAUGCGACCCCGACGCAGACAUGCUGCACCACCUCGGUGUUCGCAAAUUGGCCCAAUAUACCCGUCGAGAAGUUGUCGUCGAGUUCACGGAGGACCCCCUACCCAUGAGGCAACACAUCGACCAGCCCCUGUUGGAUGUCCAGGUUCGAGGAUCUGGUCACACAAACGAGCUCGGCGAGCCGCAGGACGGCUGCACGAUCCCGGCACCGCUGGCGGUCGUCGUUCCCAAACCACCCAAAAUGGCUGAUGCUUCGCACAUUGACUUUGGUGUCGCGACCUCGGUGUCCCGAUUGAACGAGUCCCUGGACCAAUUCGCCCACUGGGCGGGAUAUACGCAUACACGUAUUUUCGCCCUCCUUGAACCCGAAGAGUCAAAGACCAAGGCUGGCAUUGCCUACGUCAAGACCAAGGCAGAUAAUCUCGGCAUUGACCUUUUCGUCACGGAGUCGGAGGACGACUAUCUGCACCGAUACUUUGCUCUCAUCGCUCUGUUGGAAGAGAACAUGCGAGAGGGAACACGGUGGGGAUGCAUCAUCGACGACGACACUUUCUUCCCCUCCAUGUCUGCAUUGGUCAAAGCACUCGCCGAAUACGACGACACCAAACCCAUGUAUAUCGGCGGUCUAUCCGAGGGAAUUCCCCAAAUCGCCACCUUUGGCAUGAUCGCAUUCGGAGGCGCAGGCGUCUUCCUCUCACGACCACUACUAUCCGAUCUAGCUACCGUCUACGACGAGUGCGAGCAAAUGACCUACACCGGUGAUCGCCGCAUCGCCAAUUGUAUCUAUCAAUACACUACUACCCGGUUAACCGUGGACCACCGCCUUCACCAACUCGAUCUGAUGGGAGAUGCCUCUGGAUUCUUCGAGUCCGGCCGCGAACUCCCACUCUCCGUACACCACUGGAAGUCCUGGUUCCAGGCCGACAUGCCCAAGCUUAGCGUGAUCUCCGAGUUGUGCGGUGACUCGUCUCUUUUGCGUCAGUGGCAGUUUAACGACGGCUGGUUCUUGACGAAUGGGUUCUCUGUCGUUCAGUAUAGUUUCCCGCCAGAGCAGAACGAUAUUUCCAUGGAGAUGACUUGGGAACCGCACAAUGGUGCCACGUUGGAGUCAUAUUUGCAUGAACUGGGUCCUCUCCGUCGCAAGGAUGAUCAUAAAGUGAGUUUUCUGUUGGAGGACUCUGUGAUUGAGGAGAAUGGUCGUGUCACACAGUGGUAUAUCAAGCGCGAUAAGAGAGACGGGGAUCAGAUUCUUGAGCUCUCGUGGCGAAAGCGGUAG